CAAGGUAGAAAUAAUAAAGUCAUUCAGCCUCUUCCGCUGAAUCCUGAAACUGUGACGCUGGUUUGGUUUGAUGAGUCAUCUCUGCCGGGAGCCGAGGACCAAUCAGGAGUCCUGAUUCUGUCAGAAACUGACAAACCUGCCCCCCGAGGUUUCUUCCUGUCAGAUGGGGAUUCUUCCUUUCCACUGUUGACUGUUUGUUGGGGUUUCUCUGUAUGACUGGAGGCUCUUUACCUUACAGCGUCUCACGGUGACUGUUGUGAUUUGACGAAUGUUGUAAUGAUUUUAAUGGUGAACAGACCUCAUCACACUUGAUUCAGCCACACCUGAAACAGAAAGCCACCAUCAAACCGUUCGUUCCAUACAGCCUGACCAGAGGAGUCGCCCCGCGGGGGUCCGGCAUGCUUCAGCUCGAGCUGUGCUCGGCACCGUGCAGCUCCAUGCGUUGGGUCCUCGUCUCCACAGGUGGGGAUGUACCACAGGUGGCAGAGAGCAGUGGUCUGUGGACACCACCUGGGAACCCUGCUGCUGCACCUGUGCAGGUGAGAUGAGUGCUCUCUGCUUGGACAGACUGAGUGUGGGUUGUGCUGUGACUGUGUGAGGUGGUGACUGCUGCAGAGCAACAGGAAGUUAAAGAGAUUCACCAGGAUGGCUGAGGGAGGGGUGGAGGGAGGAGAGGAGGUGUCAGAUAAUGAGGAGUGACCGUGUUUGAGUGUGAGCGCAGAGAGCCCGCCGAGGGCGACACACAGCAACGCCAUCACCUCCAUCCUCCACCACCAUGCCAGAGCUCACGGUCCCGGAUUUAUCCGUGUGAUGUGAGGAGCCUCGGUAUAAGCAAACUAAGUGACGGUUGUGGAUCCUGUAGGUCAGCAAACCCACCCUGAACCACCAUGACCAGCGUCAACUCUCCAGCCUGCGUGCUCGCCCGAAACCACUUCUACCGAAGUCUACCGCCGAGUCCAGAACCCACCAAGCCCGCACGCGGCUGUCAGGACAAGCAGAGACUGCCCACGCUUUGGGUUACCGUGGAAACAGCUCCAGGACUGCCGGGUCUCGUGGGAACCAAAGGAUUAUGGGUCAGCAUCAUCCUCAGCGCUUCUUCCUCCUCCUCCACCUCCAAACCAAGCAACCACAGAGCCAAGUAGAUGAAACAAGCGCACCUCACCCUGCAGGUCGUUCCUGUGAACGUCCACUCUUAAUAACAGGGCGGCGAUCCCCCGGGGACAAGCUCCUCCCCUGAGUUCACCGUAGCAGGAAACGAACCACAUGUCGUGUCCAAAUUCAUGGGCUGCAUCCUCUUGAGGACCCGGCCUUCGCGGUCUACAUGGGCGGGUCCUCAGAAGGUCGGGUAGGCCGGAAGUACGA